AUGGCGGCGGAGCUCGCGCACAUUCUCAAGAAGAAGGAGGGCAUCCUCGCCUUGGAGCCGCACCUCGACCGCCGCGUGGUGGUAUCGCUGGAAGGGAAAGAGGUGCAUGGCGUUCUCAAGGGCUUCGACAACAACAUCAACCUCGUCCUGGCGAACGCCGAGCUGUGGGUGAAGGACGCCCUCGUGCGGCGCGUUGGUGCGUGUGUCAUCCGCGGCGGUUUGCUGGUCAGCGUCUCCUCGGGUGACACCACCCUCCUCGAGCGCAACCCCUUCGUGUAG